AUGGAAAGCGAGAAAGACAUUCCACCAAAUCAGUCUCUAAAAGGAUUUGAUCAUAUUGACAUUAUUAAGUCCGAAUUAGAAAAUGAAUGCCCUGGUGUUGUUUCUUGUGUUGAUCUUCUUGUGAUCGCUGCUCUUGAAAGCCUGAUUUUCGCUGGUGGCCCGUUUUAUCCCGUGCAUACCGGUAGAAAAGACAGUGAUCAUUCUUUCCCUCAACUUUCGUACGAGCUUCCUAGUCCCUUUGAUGAUCUUCCAACAAACAUUGCGAGAUUUGCAACUAGCAUGUGGCUGAAGGAAUAUGGACUAGAAUCUGAGCUUGUGAAAUAUGGUAGAGCACGGGAAGCUGGGGAAAUAAGCAAGAGCUUGCUCACAUUGGGCCGCAUCAUUAAUGCACUUGUUGAACAUUCUGGUCAUGUGCCUUCCAGGGAUAGUAAGCUGACAAGGCUGCUACGGUAUUCACUUGGUGGAAAGACCAAAUCUUGCAUCAUUGCAAUGGUUUCUCCAUCUACUCAUUGUCUAGAAGAAACAUUGAAUACUCUAGGUUAUGCACACCGUGCUAAAAGCAUUAAGAACAAGCCAGAGAAAUACGACACAUUUGGCGAUAUUAUAUGUCAUGGUAAAGACAAGGGUAUAAAAGAAGGGCACAAGAAUGUGGAUGAUGAUGCUACUGGCUUUGGUCUUCAUUUAUCGUUCUUGAAUUCUAUAUAA